UGCGCAGCGAACACACAUAGCUAGCCCAAAAGAAAGUGGCGAGUGUGCAAUUCAACUAUAAAGUGUCAUAGAUACAACGCAUUUGCGUUUUUAGCCUAGGGAUUAGAACAAAGCAAAUACUCAGAUCGGCAACAAUGCAAAGUGUGCUAAAUACAGUAAAAGGCACAGCCCUUAAUGUGGCCGAAUACUUAACGCCAGUGCUAAAGGAGUCAAAGUUUCGUGAAACUGGAGUUCUAACGCCAGAGGAAUUUGUGGCAGCUGGUGAUCAUUUGGUGCAUCAUUGUCCCACUUGGCAGUGGGCGGCCGGUGAUGAGAGCAAAACAAAGCCAUACUUGCCCAAGGAUAAACAAUUUCUGAUAACACGCAAUGUGCCAUGCUAUCGACGCUGCAAACAGAUGGAAUAUGUGGGCGAAGAGACGCUGGUGGAGGAGGAGUCCGGUGACGGCGGCUGGGUGGAGACACAUCAAUUGAAUGAUGACGGCACCAAUCAGCUGGAUGACAAAAUAUGCGAACUGACGCUGGACGAGACCAAGGAUGAAAUGCAUACGCCGGACAGUGAGAAGUCGUCGGGCGUAGCUGCUGCCUUGGGCAAUGAGGAGGAGGACGAGGACGAUGAUGAGGCCAUUGACAUGGAUGCAUUUGAGGAGAGCGGCAUGCUGGAGCUGGUUGAUCCCGCUGUCGCGACCACAACACGCAAACAGGAGUCGGACACACAGUCGAGCAGCGCUGCAGCUGCAGCUGAAGGAGGAGAAGGAGCAGCAGCAGCAGCUGCUGCAAGUGCUGGUGGCGACUCCGUGUUGCAUACACGCACCUACGAUCUGCACAUCACAUACGAUAAAUACUAUCAGACGCCACGGCUCUGGGUUGUGGGCUACGAUGAGCAACGCAAGCCGUUGACCGUCGAGCAAAUGUACGAAGAUGUGUCGCAGGAUCAUGCGAAAAAGACUGUUACAAUGGAAUCGCAUCCGCAUUUGCCGGGCCCCAACAUGGCAUCGGUGCAUCCGUGUCGUCAUGCUGAUAUUAUGAAGAAGAUCAUCCAAACUGUGGAGGAGGGUGGCGGCCAAUUGGGCGUGCAUUUAUAUCUAAUCAUCUUCUUGAAAUUCGUGCAGACCGUAAUACCAACAAUUGAAUAUGAUUUCACGCAAAACUUUAACAUGUCCUAAACCAAACAGCAUCCGAAUCACAUUUGACAGCAAUAUGAAUACAUUAAUUAUGCAUUAAUUAGACACUACAAUAAUAAUUAUAAUAAAAGUAAACAAAAAGCUGAGCUUACGGCGCGGCACAAAAAAAAGAUUGCAUUCUCUAGAUGUUGUUUUUAUAAUUACUUUUUAUUACAUUUUUGUUUGUUGGUUGGUUGGUUGGUUGCUUGUUUUGAAACAUCUCUGAGAUGACAUUUAUAUGUUAACAUAAUAAUAAUAAACAUAAUAAUUAUGCAUUUAGUUUUUAGGUAGUUUUGUUUUUACUUUUGUUUUCACUUUUUCCUUCAAGUUAAAUGAUUUUCUUUUACGCUGUUUUGCUUCAACAAUUUUAAAACAUAAAACAGGUGUAUGUGUGUGUGUGUGUUUUGCAUUAUACUUAU